AUGCCGACCUACAACACCAGCCAAGAAUGGCUUGAGCAGUCCUCGCUGCUCCUCAAAGCCCGCCCAUCAACCACCCGCAUCACAACAGCCUACUCAAUCAAGACCGCCCAGUCCAGCGUCGCAAAGACGUCAGGAGGCGCGGGUGUCGACGCUGCGAUGCCCGAUGCCCCAGCGCUCAAGCCGCCACGCGGCCGUCUCGUUCUCAAGACGUUCGAUCCCGUGAGCGGCGUCACCCUACGCUACCGAACCCACAAGGCCGCCGAGGUUUCACGCCUUAUUCUGAGUCUCGGUCGGCUGGGACGCGGCAUGGCCGCACUGCCGGAGACGGCCGAGGAGGACAUGGUUGAUGCGCCGGCCGCGGCUGGCAAGGAAGAGGAGGCGCCCGAUGGCAAGGUGGCAUCAGGACAACCGGCGCAGGCACAACAGUCGCAGCAAGGCCAUGCACAAGGGGGUGCGGGCAAGAAGAAGAAGGGCAAGAAAUGA